ACUUAACGGCCUCGGGAAGCAGUUCAGAGGCGUACGUUGACAACCGCCAGUAAACAGCAGACGAAGAAGAAGAGUGAGGAGGAGGAGUUCAGUUAACAUUUGUUGAUGUUUCUUGUGUCGUAUUCACCUUCCCGCUGUCCGAUUUUCUGUUAAGCGGGUCAGCGAACAUUUUUUGUGGGCGUAGACUGAAGCUUCUUCACCGGCGGAUGAAUGGCAAUGACCGCAAUGAGAGCGGUGGCAGCGGGGGGCCCGGCGUCUUUGUCCCGCUUCAGGGGAGCGCUUGUCGCGGGUGUGCUGGGAGACUGCGUCGGCGGAGAGUUCGAAGGAGCGGAGGAAGUCCCCAUGGAGAGCGUGCUACAGCACCUAAACAGCUUGGACGACGAAACUAAAGGAGCUGGUAUCCUUGAAUACAGUGACGACACAGCAAUGGCACGUUGUGUGGUCCAAUCUCUACUCACCCGGACUGGAUUUGAUGAGCAGGACAUGGCUCGCAGGUUUGCAAAGGAGUAUAGUUCCUCCCCGGGUCGUGGUUAUGGUUCUGGAGUUAUCCAGGUGUUGAAGAAGCUUUCUUCCCCUCAGCUAAGUGAUGUUUUUCAGCCGGCCAGAGAUCAGUUUAAUGGAAGAGGUUCCUUUGGAAACGGAGGAGCAAUGAGAGCGGCCCCCUUUGCACUGGCUUUUCCUGAUAUGCUUGAUGUUAAAAGGUUUGCCCGUCUUGGUGCCAUGUUGACCCACUCCUGCUCUCUGGGUUACAAUGGAGCAGUUCUGCAAGCGUUAGCGGUCCAUCUUUCCUUGCAGGGUGCGCUUGACUUGCCUCAGCAGUUUAUAAGUCGGCUUAUCACAGAGAUGGAAGAAGUGGAAGGCGACGAGGCGGCGCUCAAUGAUGCCAGAAUCCUCAAAGAAGCAGAGAAGCCAUUCUGUGAACGUCUUCAUAGAAUUAAAGAUCUGAUGGACAGGAGCAAGGUCAGCAUUGAGGAAGUCAUCUCUGAACUUGGUAAUGGCAUUGCAGCACUCCACUCAGUCCCCACCGCCAUCUUCUGCGUUCUCCACUGCUUGCAGCCCCGGGAUUACCUUCCAGAGAACUACGGUGGCCUGGAGAGGACGAUAGCGUACAGCUUGGCCCUGGGUGGCGACACAGACACCAUAGCCUGCAUGGCUGGGGCCAUCGCAGGGGCACAUUACGGCAUCGAAGCCAUUCCUCAGGCUUGGAUUAGGUGCUGCGAAGGAGCAGAGGAUGCUGACGUGGAUGCAGAGAGGCUUCACAUGUUAUACCACCAGUCAUCACAGGGGGGCAGGAGUGAGACGGAGAAGCAGAGCUGUGGGGGAAAAUCUGAAAACAAGUCCAAUGGUACAGAGAAAUAAACUGGACUGAUGCCUCAGCUGGAUUUUAUUUAAUUUUUAUUUUUUACAAAAGGACUUUGAUAUUUUCAGCUGCAGACUUUAUUGAUUGGAAAAAUGUAAAUUGGAUUCAGCUGAUGUUUAAAGUUUAAUUUCCAAUAUGAGCCCAUAUCAAGCUAAACGAACAACUAAAGUUAAAUCUUUAUUCUGAUAACACGAAUACAUGACCCUUACAGAUCCGACAGACUAAUAUAAACACCAGUUGAAUUGAAAUUUAAAUAGUAUAUACUUGUUCCCUCUGUUCUUGUUUGUUUUGUGCUGAACAAUCUAUUGUCUUGCAGAAAGUUGCACUAUACAUUGCCCAUGUCCUCUUUUAUCCUUUUGGUGGUUAUUAAACUUUUUUUCUGUU